UACUAUCUUGCAGAUGGCGGAGCCGGACAGCUGGUUGCUACUGCUGCUAGCUUAACACUCCGCUUUUAUUUCUAAAUGAAAUGUAUUUAAGUGUGUCGUUUUCGGAGCAUUUCAGUUAAACUCCUGUUUUAUUCUGUUGACUUUUCACGUGAAGUUGUAAACCUAUUGAAUCCGUGUGUUUUUGUACCGUAUUUAUUAAGUUAGCCGGGUUAGCAUCUUUGUUAAGUUCAGGCCUCGCUCUGCCUCCGCUGGUCGAGUUUAACAAUAGCCGCGACACACUCCUCCUCCUCCUCUCUGCUUGUUCUGAAGGAUUAUCUUUAAUGCAGACGGAGACAGAUCAUGGAAGAUAAACAGGUCCGGGCACCAUUCAGCUACUGAGACAUCUGUUAUGCUGGCGGACAUUUAGACUCACCGGGACUGAAGACAUUUCGCGAGCAGCAGCAUCAUUAAACAGAAGAGGAUCACAAAGGAAGAUGUCCAACGGAGCAGCAGGAAGCGGAGGGCUGGCGUGGAUGGAGGCUGCGAAUGGCCGAGGUGAUACCGGCAAGAUGGAAGGGGCCAAGAAAGACAAGGCGAGCUCCAAGCUGUCUGUGGAGAGAGUGUACCAGAAGAAGACCCAGCUAGAGCACAUCCUUCUCCGUCCAGACACGUACAUCGGCACCGUGGAGCCCAUCACCCAGCAAAUGUGGGUGUUUGAUGAAGAAAUCGGAAUGAACCAGAGGGAAAUCACCUACGUUCCUGGACUGUACAAAAUCUUUGACGAAAUUCUCGUCAAUGCAGCAGACAACAAACAAAGGGACAAGGGCAUGACUGGCAUCAAGAUCACCAUCGAUCCUGAGUCCAACACCAUCUCUAUCUGGAACAACGGUAAAGGAAUUCCUGUGGUGGAGCACAAGGACGAGAAGAUGUACGUCCCGGCUCUCAUUUUCGGCCACCUGCUCACCUCCAGCAACUAUGAUGAUGAGGAGAAAAAGGUCACAGGUGGAAGGAACGGGUACGGUGCUAAACUCUGCAACAUCUUCAGUACCAAGUUCACAGUAGAAACCGCCUGCAAGGAGUACAGACACAGUUUCAAACAGACGUGGCAGAACAACAUGAGCAAGACUGCUGACCCCAAGAUCAAGUUCUUUGACGGGGAAGAUUUCACCUGCGUGACGUUCCAGCCGGACCUGUCCAAGUUCCAGAUGGAGAAACUGGACAAGGACAUUGUAGCACUUCUUACCCGCAGAGCAUAUGAUAUAGCCGGUUCCUGCAGGGGGGUUAAAGUCACGCUGAACGGGAAAAAAUUACCCAUCACCGGCUUCCGCAGCUACGUGGAUCUGUAUGUGAAGGACAAAGUGGACGAGACGGGUGUCGCUCUGAAGGUGGUGAAUGAGACUGUGAAUGAUCGUUGGGAGGUUUGCCUCACGCUGAGCGAGAAGGGGUUCCAGCAAAUCGGCUUCGUCAACAGCAUCGCCACUACCAAGGGCGGAAGACACAUUGACUACGUGGUGGACCAGAUAGUGUCCAAACUUAUUGAAGUGGUGAAGAAGAAGAACAAGGCGGGAGUGACCGUCAAACCCUUCCAGGUGAAGAACCACAUCUGGGUGUUUGUGAACGCACUGAUCGAGAACCCCACCUUUGACUCCCAGACCAAAGAGAACAUGACACUCCAGACCAAGAGCUUCGGGUCCAAGUGUCCUCUGUCGGAAAAGUUCAUCAGGGCUGCAACCAACUGUGGGAUCGUUGAGAGUAUUCUCAACUGGGUGAAGUUCAAAGCUCAGACGCAGCUGAAUAAGAAGUGCUCAUCUGUGAAGUACAGCAAGAUCAAAGGCAUCCCCAAGCUGGACGACGCCAACGAUGCCGGUGGCAAACACUCCGCGGAAUGCACGCUCAUCCUCACUGAGGGAGACUCGGCCAAGUCUCUGGCCGUCUCUGGACUGGGAGUCAUCGGGCGCGAUCGCUACGGAGUGUUCCCGUUGAGAGGAAAGAUUCUGAACGUGCGAGAGGCGACGCACAAGCAGAUCAUGGAAAAUGCUGAGAUCAACAAUAUCAUCAAAAUCGUUGGCCUCCAGUACAAGAAGAGCUACGACGACUCCGAGUCACUGAGGACUCUGCGCUACGGCAGGAUCAUGAUCAUGACUGAUCAGGAUCAAGAUGGCUCCCAUAUCAAAGGUCUGCUCAUCAACUUCUUCCACCACAACUGGCCGUCCCUACUGAAACACACAUUCCUGGAGGAGUUUAUCACACCCAUCGUCAAAGCAACCAAGAGCAAGCAGGAGAUGACCUUCUACAGCAUUCCAGAGUUUGAUGAGUGGAAGAAAAAUACAGACAACUAUAAAACCUGGCAUAUAAAGUACUACAAAGGUUUGGGUACAAGUACAAGCAAAGAGGCAAAGGAGUACUUUGCUGACAUGGAGAAGCAUCGCAUCACAUUCAGAUACAGCGGUGCAGAGGACGACGCUGCCAUUACCCUGGCCUUCAGUAAGAAGAAGACAGACGACAGGAAGGAGUGGCUGACUAACUUCAUGGAAGACAGACGCCAGAGGAGGAUGCACGGCCUGCCGGAGCAAUACCUGUAUGGAACUCAGGCCAGGCACCUCUCCUACAACGAUUUCAUCAACAAAGAGCUGAUUCUGUUCUCCAACUCUGACAACGAGAGAUCCAUCCCAUCCUUGGUUGACGGUUUAAAGCCAGGCCAGAGGAAGGUGCUGUUCACCUGCUUGAAGAGGAACGACAAGAGGGAAGUGAAGGUAGCACAGCUGGCCGGUUCAGUGGCUGAGAUGUCUGCCUACCAUCACGGAGAGCAAGCUCUCAUGAUGACCAUCGUGAACUUGGCCCAGAACUUUGUGGGCAGCAACAACGCCAACAUCCUGCAGCCACUGGGUCAGUUUGGUACUCGCAUCAAUGGAGGCAAAGACGCUGCCAGCCCUCGUUACAUCUUCACCAUGCUCAGUACAAUUGCCAAGCUGUUGUUCCCGUCGGGGGAUUCCAACCUGCUCAAGUUCCUGUGGGAUGACAACCAGAAGGUGGAGCCUGAGUGGUACAUUCCCAUCAUUCCCAUGGUGCUGGUGAACGGCGCCGAGGGCAUCGGAACAGGCUGGGCGUGUAAGAUCCCCAACUACGACGUCCGAGAGAUCGUCAACAACAUCAACCGCAUGCUCAACCACCAGGACCCCCUGCCAAUGCUUCCCAGCUACAAAAACUUCAAAGGGGUGAUCCAUGAACUGGGUCAGAACCAGUUCCUGGUCAGUGGAGAGGUGUCGGUCAUUGACAGAACCACCAUCGAGAUCACAGAGCUUCCUGUUCGGACAUGGACACAGGCGUAUAAGGAGUCUGUGCUGGAGCCGAUGCUGCAGGGCACCGACAAAACACCAGCUCUCAUCAAUGAUUAUAAGGAAUACCACACUGAUACCACAGUGAAGUUCGUGGUUCGCAUGUCUGAGGAGAAACUCGCUCAGGCCGAGUCCGUCGGCCUUCACAAAGUCUUCAAGCUGCAGUCCAGCCUGACCUGCAACUCCAUGGUGCUGUUUGACCACAUGGGCUGUCUGAAGAGGUACGAUUCAGUCCAGGACAUCCUCAGAGAGUUCUUUGAGCUCCGCCUGCACUACUACAAGCUGAGGAAGGACUGGUUACUGGGCAGCCUGGGAGCCGAGGCUGCCAAACUGUCCAACCAGGCUCGCUUUGUACUGGAGAAGAUCGAAGGAAAAGUUUCAAUCGAGAACAAAGCCAAGCGUGAACUGAUCCGAAUGCUCAUCCAGAAGGGCUUCGAGUCUGAUCCAGUGGCUGCCUGGACCAAAUCUCAGGAAAAGGCUCAGGAGGAAGAUUACCGCGACGGAAACGAGAGCGACGGCUCGGUGGACUCCGGCUCAUCGUCGGGGCCCAACUUCAACUACAUUCUCAACAUGCCUCUGUGGUGCCUCACUAAAGAGAAGGUGGAUGAGCUGCUCAAACAGAGGGACCACAAGAGAUCCGAGCUGAGUGAUCUCCAGAAGAAAUGUCCAGAGGAUCUGUGGAAGGAGGACUUGGCGGUGUUCGUCGAGGAGCUGGCUAAAGUGGAGGCCCAGGAGCGAGAGGACCAGAGUAUGGGAAAGGCCGUCAAGAUGGUGAAGGGGAAAGUGGGCAAACCUAAAGCGAAGAAGUUGAACCUGGAGGAGACCAUGCCCUCGCCGUACGGUCGCAGGGUGGAGCCUCCGACUCAGGCGAUCAGAUCGGACGCAGCCAAGAAAAUGACCAAAAAGAAGAAGAGUGACAUAGAUCCAGCGGUGAAGUUGGAGUUUGAUGAGGAUGGUUUGGGCGUUGAGGAGAAAACAGGAGAAAACUCUGUAGUCAAACCAAAAACUCCUCGUGCCAAGAGAGAGAAGAAAGAGCCCGGAACUCCCAGAGUGAGAAAAACUCCAGUGCCUAAAGGUACCCCCGCUAAGAAGGUGAAGAAGAGAAACCCCUGGUCUGAGGACGACUCCAAGUCGGACUCUGACGUGGAGGACAGUCAGCCUAUCAUCCCCAGAGAGACCAAGUCCCAGAGGGCAUCAGCUUCCAAGCCAAAAUACACGUUUGACUUCUCGGAGGAGGAGGCGGACGAAGAGGAGAACGGCGACGACGACGUGGCCUCUUCUCCGGUGAGGUCGUUUAAAGAUGACUUCACUUCCUCUGAGACCAAGGAGCGCUUCAACGACCAUAUUGAUGACGAAGACGAGGAGGAUAACGAAGACUCCUACUCUGCUCCCAAACAAAAGACCACGCCUGCUAUGCCUGUAGCUAAAAAGAAAGAGACAGCCAGCAGCAUCUUCUCAUCCAAGUCCGCCUUCUCUGAAAAAAGCAAUGACAGCGAUGGAUCCAAGUCUGACAGCGAUGACGGCGUCGGCCGUGUGUUCUCCACCUACUCCAGCAGCUCUGCAUUUGACAAACUAUCGCCAGCAAAGAAAGGUGUAGCAGCUAAGAAGCCGUCUGAUGCUACUCCCAAACCUAAGAAGACACCAUCGCCAAAAGCAAAGAAACCAGAUAAAUCCAUCUGGGACUCCGACUCUGACACCGGGUCCAAGAAGCCAGCAUCAGCAUCUUCUCUUAAAGGUAAAGGCAGAGGGGGGAGGAAGAGGAAGGGCUCUGGCUCUGAAGAUGAGUACAGUCCAAUGAAGAAAAUGGCAAAACCUGCGGGCAGAAAGCCUCAGAAACCUCCAUCAGAUGACGAGGACGACGACAGCAACAGCCUGAGCGCGAUGGGCUCGAUGGGCGCGAUGGGUGCGAUGGGCGCAGCGUCCCGCGACCGGCCGGGCCGGGCCAAGAAGGAGGUGAAGUACUUCGUCGAGUCCGACAACGGCGGAGAAGACGACGACGACGACAUGUUCGAUUAGAUCAACACACUCCAAACACACUCUCUGCUCCUCCUUCUGUGUUCCCACAGACUUUUGUACAUUUCCUCUUUCAUUUUAUUUUCAUUAAUGGUGACGUUCAAUGAUUUCUAAUGUGUAGCUGUUUUACACUUUUUAUUAUACAUAUACAGGUUUCUUUUUUUAAUGCUCAUUGAAAUGUUCCGUAUUUGUCCGAAGCGGCUUUUAGAAGUUUAGAACGCUGUGCUUUAGCACAUUUUAAUUGUUAAAAUAUUAUGUAACUUUUUGAACAUGAAGUUGAAAGUAAACUAUGAAAUGUC